AUGAGGGAGGAAUCCUAUUUCUUUGGAAUGAGAGGGCUAACCCACUGGAACCGUUUCCCAGACGACGCAGGACUUUUCUUACUGGACUCUGUAGACCAAGAAGAGGACGCCAGGAAAUGUUUUGUAGAAGAUUUCCAGGAAAUAACCGAUUUCAAUGACCUUCCCAACUCCCUGUUUGCCUGCAAUGUUCACCAGUCUGUGUUUGAAAAGGAGGACAGUAAGGACAAAUUUGAGGGCUUAUUCCGCGCUUAUGACGACUGCGUGACGUUUCAGCUCUUUAAGAGUUUCCGGCGGGUACGGAUAAACUUCGGCAACCCCAAAUCAGCUGCUCGAGCCAGAAUAGAACUUCACGAAACGCAGUUUCGGGGGAAGAAGUUAAAACUGUACUUUGCGCAGGUCCAGGCCUCCGAGACCGACGGGGACAAGCGGCAUUUGGCGCCCCCCCAGCCGGCAAAACAGUUUCUCAUCUCGCCUCCUGCCUCCCCUCCCGUCGGCUGGCAGCCGGUCAGCGAUGCGACGCCGGUCAUCAACUACGACCUCCUUUGUGCCGUUUCAAAACUGGGGCCAGGUGAGAAAUAUGAGUUGCACGCAGGCACAGAGUCCACCCCGAGCGUCGUGGUGCAGAUCUGCGACAGCGACUCAGAGGAAGACCCAAAGAAUUCGCCAAAGCCCAAAAUUAUUCAGACUCGGCGUCCAGGCCUGCCUCCUUCGGUGUCCAACUAAUGGUCUCCCGCAGAAGCCUCUGUUCUCCCC